CCGGCGUUAGAUCUAUCUGACUUACGUUAAGGUAGUGAGAUAUCAGCAAAAUGGCCGAGAUUAAGAACGUGAUAUUGUGGGUGUGGGUUUUACAGACGUCUCUCUGCAUCUUUGGAACAGCCAGUGCGUGUAAUUUAUCUCCAUUUAGUAAAGGCCUGCCAGAAAAUGGAUUUCUCUGGAAUUGCAGUCAUGAAAACCUAGAUUAUAUUCCGGAAAUUCCUGCAACACACAAAAGUGAUGUCAUAGCGGUAGAUUUAUCCUACAACAAAUUUAGAAUGAUACAGGGAAAAACUUUCACAAACCUUACAUUUCGUGUCAAAUUCAUGUUUUUGAAUAACAAUGACAUAAAAACAGUUCAAGCGAAUGCUUUUAGAACGAUACCUGCAUUGUUAGAACUAGAUAUUUCAAGCUGUUCACUUGAAACCGGUUCUCUACAGUACGGAUGUUUCAGCAACCUCGACGUUCUCCGAUCGCUACAGAUCUACAAUAAUUCGUUUCAUUCAUAUCCAGAUGGCGAAAUCUCAAAACUCGAAUCACUACUGAACUUAACAAUCGAUAUAUUUCCUGGAUUUCAUUUCAGUGAGAAGUUUCUGAAACUGAAGAUUCUCAGAAGUGUAAAAUUCAUACCACACGGGUUAUUCUCCCUGACCAAUGAUUCAUUUCAAGGUCUGCGUAACUCCCCUAUACACUACUUAGAUCUGAACUUGUAUAAUAAUAUAGAAAACUUCUGUAAAGGUCUUCCCGAGGACCUGUUUUGCUCGUUCCCACACCUCCAAGGCUUGUCCGUUUCUUUUGGUGUGAGUUGUGGAAUCAAACGUGUACUGCGGACUCUGAGAUGCCUUCAACACAAACAUCUGGAUUAUUUUAUUUCUUCUGAUAACCAUGACUUGAACUCUUACAACGCUAUCCUCCUCAAUGAGACCGAUGUAGAGUACCUAAGAAAUAUGUGUAUCAGGAAACUAAUUUUACGAAAUAAUGACAUAUCAGGGAUUGAGUUUAAACUUCCCUUGGAAAAGCUUCAGAUUUGUUUGGAGGUGGUGGAUCUAUCCUCCAACAACAUUCUGUUCUCCUCUAGUCAUCGACUGUGGCUAACGCUUAUGUUGUUCACGCCAAACAUUCGAGUGAUCAAGAUUUGUUGUCAGAAUACACAGUCAUCACGUGACGUUUCCUGGAGACAUUCACUUUCUGCCGGUUAUAACAGACAUCAUGAAACAAGGAGAAAACAAAAAGAUGCUUUCAAAAUCAUACUUCCUAAAACUUUGGAAAACCUCGACAUUUCCAAUGCUGAUAGAAUAUCGACAACAGAAACGGAUAUAUUCAUUCAGGCCACACAAUUAAAAUUUCUAAAUGUGUCUGGGACAGAAUUUCCUAUACCAUAUAGCAUAACUCUUGAUUUUCCAUUACUAACUGAUUUGGACGUGUCGUAUACGGAAACAUAUGCAGAUAAUUUAUCAUUACAGAAAUUGGUUUCCCUCGAGUCUUUAAAGGCUAUAAAAAGUGGUGUCAUUACAGUUACAGAUCAUCACGUGAGAGAAGGCAUUCUACACGGCCUACACAACUUGAACUAUAUAGACGUCUCAGAUAACCAUAUCGUAUAUCUCCCUCCACUCUUUUUUGCAUCUCAGAAAAAUUCAAACAUUACAAUCAUAAUUGACAGAAAUGAAUUUGGAUCUAGCGUUCCAAAAGCACUAAGUAUUCUGAACAGCAUUGAUAUCCUGUCUAUCAGAGACUGUUUUGAAAGUUAUUCUUUCGGAGAUGUAAUCUUAGAAUCUCUUUUGAAUUUGCACGCGUCUACCCUAUACCUCGGGACGUACAGAGUCGGGUGUUAUUGCUAUAGAAAAGAUACUUUUUUGAUGGUGAGGAAAAUUCGAAAGAAGAUUGCCGACCUGGAUAAAAUUACUUGCGACGACUUCAAUGGGGGACCAAAAAACCUCCAAGAGCUAUUUAGCACCAAACAAUGGAGAACUUUCAGACUGCAAUGUGGAGUGGAUGAUUUCUGGUUAACGUUUUCGGUUGUGCUCUUGAUUUCGACCAUUAUUGUGAUAUUAGUUGCUUUCAUUGUGUAUCGUAUCGUAUCACAUAACAUGAUGAAGAAUUGCGGUGGGAAAAUAAGGGCAGUUGGAUCAAACGAGUGGACACGCCAUAGAGGCAAUAAAUACGCCCCCUUGCAUACAGAGGAAAAUGACAUCCCUGAACAGGACAACACUGAUACGGAAGUUACGGUUUUCUCAAACAAGAUGACAGACGGAACAAAGACGAAUUUUGAGGAAACAGAUUCCGAGGCAAAAACGCAAACAAGCUCGGAUACAGUCUAAUAGAGCACUGGUAAAGCAUUGGGUGCUGAGAAACAAAGCAAGGGAUGGAUACGUAGUAUAAACAUUUACAUGUCUUCUCUCUGGUUUACUGCUGAUCCAUUUCAUGUCCAUUCUUUAUAAAUGUUCUAACUAGGCUAUCUACACUAUUGUAUUAGUUUUAUUUGUUUUUAACAUAAUCAUAAUGAAAAGGUGAAGAUAACGAACACUGAUCAAUCUCAUAGCUCACAAGGAAUACAAAAUAAAGAGUUGGGCAAACACGGACCCCUAGAUAUACCAUAGGUGGGAUCAGGUGCCCAGGAGGAGCAAGCAUUCACUGUUGACCGGUCACACCCGCCGAGAGCGGAGUAUUUAUCUCAUUCGGAAAAAAGUAAAUUGAGCUGUUCCAAAAUUUAACUGGGGAAAAAAUCGAGUUGCAUAUUCCUCGAAAGCAAGUUGUAACAAUGUAUCCUCAACGAUAUUUUUUUUUUAUCAUUUAAUGUUUUAUAACGGAAAUGAGAUAUGAUAUUCACUUCAAAAUUUAAAAUGUGACUAAACCAUAAAAUUUCACUAGAAGAUACAUUCUUUUACGAAUAAUAUCACUUUAAUUGCAUUAAAAGGGAAGGUGUGGGAUUGGUACUUAAAUUUGUUCAGUUACUUUUGUGUCUAUUUGCCCGGACUCCAACAAAUAAUGCGUUUGUUGUAAUGUUUCUGAUUGAAAAUUACAAUGAGAUAUGAAAGAUUUGAUUGAUUGAUUGAUUGUAUCUUGCUUGUUGCUGAUAAAACAGUAAUAAUGUAAA